GCAACUGAGAGAGUUAGCUGCCAUCAUGACUUCUUCAGAAAUGGAGGUGAAGAAAAUAUCUGAAGAGCUGAAACACAUUUCACUCAAGGGGCAACAACUUGAAGAGAGGAAGAAAAUUCUGUGUAUAUUUCAGGAGUUGAGGGAUCGUGCUGAAUUUGGAGAAACAGAGGAAGCAGCAGCCACUAGGCAAGAAAUUAAAGAAAUUUGUGACAAACUCAAAGAGCUCACUGAAAGGAAGACUGAACUCCAAAAAUGCUACGAAAACGUUAUGAAAGCCAAAGACAAAAAUUCAAAAAAGAUUACCUCUGCCUCCAGUCAAGAUGGACGCCCUCGUGUUCCUGCUCCUGCCUCAAAUGUUUUCUUUGUUGAGGCUCCUCCUGCCUACCCCGCCCCUGCAGUGAUCCUGGACGUGGAGAAUCUUCCAUCAAGUCCAACCAGGACACAGUGCCCAGAGUGCCGGCAGUUCAUCACAACAGAGAUUUGUACUUCUGUUAGCAGCGUGACAUGGAUGGUGUGUUUUAUGACAGCUUUGAUAGGCUGUGUGGCUGGUUGUUGCCUCCUUCCUUUUUGCAUGGACAGGUUCAAGUCCACCACGCACAGAUGUCCAAAGUGUCGGACAUCUAUCGUUACAAUAAAAAAACUCUGAGAGUGAAGCAGUGGGUGAGAGAUUGAAGUUUGCACUGAGAAGACAACAGAAAUACAUUUAAUGAUGAUGUAACAACUGAGCACUGCUGAGACUGCGAAAGAGUUUCUUUGGUAUCAUCCUUCAUUGCAGAGUGCACUGAAUAUUAGUGAGUAAGUACCGAUGCUUGUCAGCUUGGGCACUUGGAUGAUAUUUUAGUGAUUUAAACUGGGCAUGUGUAAACAGAGACAUGUAAUGUUUGCCUGUAUGUAAAUGUGUAUUAUACUGAAACUGAGCUUGGCAUUUAGUUCUCCUAUUGAUGUGAUAAUCUGGGUGGCUGGGGCCCUGCACGGCAGCUUUAUGGUUACUGUCUGGGCCCUGUCUGCUCUGGUCUGGGCAGUUUCUGUGGCGAUGACCUCUGUGGUCAUGCCUCUGUGGUGGCUCUCGAUGUAAAUGGAUCCCUAAGGAACCCUUAAGAUACUGUUUCCUCACCUGGUUCAUCUGUGCCAAGACAUAUACCUGUUUAUGUUGUUAUUUUUAUAGACUUACUGUGUUAGAGACUGUUUAAAAUGUGGUUGGGGGGGGGGGGGGGGGGGGGGGGGGGGGGGUGUGAGCUCUAUGUGUGCUUAGUGCUUUUGUGUACAGUAUCUCGCAGAAGUGAGUACACCCUUCACAUUUUUGCUAAUAUUUCAUUAUAUCUUUUCAUGGGACA